AUGUUGAUUUUCUUGUUGGUUACAAAGUCUGAAUUAAGUGAUGAUUAUAAUUUGCCUGGAUUUUACAUUUUGCGCCCAUGGGCUUUUUCAAUUUGGGAGUCGGUGCAGAAAUAUAUGGGAGAACGUUUUAGUGAAAUUGGAGUGAAGAAUAUUUCUUUACCUUUAUUUGCCCCUUUUAUGGAUAAAUUGGAAGAACGAUAUGAAAAUUUGUUUCCAAAUACAUAUUUUCUCACACAUGCUGGUAAAGAUCCAAUUAAACAUUCAAUCGCAAUAAGGCCAACAAGUGAAUCUCUAGUUUAUUCAGAUUUUGGUAGAUGGUGUAGAUCUUGGCGUGAUCUCCCUUUUAGAAUAAAUCACUGGUCUAAUGCUUUAAGAUGGAUUGAAAACCCAAUUCCAUUUAUUUCUAGCAGAGAAUUUCUUUUACAAGAGGGUUAUAGUGGUUUUGCUAAUAAAGAAGAAUCAAUUGAUGAAGUUUAUAAAAUGCUAGAUAUUUAUAAUAAUAUUUAUAGUGAAUUAUUUGCAAUUCCUGUUUUGAAGGGAAGAAGAUCAGAGAAAAGAAAAUUAAAAGGAAGUGAUUUUUCUACAUCAAUUCAAAUUAUUGAACCAAAUAAUGGAAUUGGAAUUCAGGCUGCUUCAUCCACUCAUUUGGGUCAAAAUUUUUCAAAAAAAUUUUCUAUUUAUUUUGAUAAUCCAAAAAGUCCAGGAGAGAAAGAAUAUAUUUGGUUAACUCGUUAUACUUUAUCUAUUCGUUCAAUUGGUGCUUUAGUAAUGACUUUUGGAGAUGAUUUUGGGUUGAUUUUACCUCCUAAAUUAGCUCCUAUACAAGUUGUAAUUAUUCCUGCCGGACUUGAUAAUUGUAAAAAUGAAAAGGAUAAAUUUAAUUUAAUUAAAAAUGUUAAACUUAUUAAUGGGAAAUUGAAUGAAAAUGGUUUACGUGUUGAAAUGGAUAUUCGAGAGGAGUUAAAAGGAGUGCCAAUUCAACUUGAAAUUGGGCUAGAGAAUUUGAUAAGCCGACAAAUACCCUUAAAUGUUCGUUUUUAUAACGAGAGAUGUAUUCUUUGCUUGGACAAUUUAGCUGGGGAAUUGGAAGUUUUACUGAAAAAAAUUCAAAGUGAUAUGCUUAAAAUAAAAACAAAAGAAUUAAAUGACUGUAUCGAAAUGUGUCUCGAUUGGGAACUUUUUAUAUCAAAAUUGGAAAGACAUUCAAUUUUACUUUCCCCUUUUUGUGGACAUUUAAAAUGUGAAGAAUCGAUUGAAUCAAUGUUAAAUUCAAAAGGAAUUAAUUCAAAACUUUUAAAUAUUCCUUUUGAACAACCAAAAGAUUAUUUUGGCAAAAAAUGUAUUAAUCCAAAAUGUAAAGAAAAAGUGGAGUUUUUUGCUUUAUUUGGUCAAAGUAUUUGUUAA